GAAAGACUCCACCCUUUUUCCAUUUUUGCCCCCAACAUUUGUCAUUUUUCCUCUUCCUUUCCUUAACCCUAUCGAACUGCCGAGUCAAGACCCACUCUCGUCUCAAAUCUCAGUAGCCAUUUGAGAGUUGCAGAAGAUUAUUACCUUCUCCAUGGAAUCAAAACAUGAGAAGGACCCAAAACGCAAUUCUUUCACAGCCAUGGAAGAGCUAGCCUGGUUUGCAGGCGUCGCCACAUGCGUUAAGCUGCUCCUUAUACCUUCCUAUCGAAGCACUGACUUCGAAGUUCACCGUAAUUGGCUUGCUCUCACUUUCUCUCGUCCCCUCUCUCAAUGGUACUCAGACGAGACAAGCCCAUGGACUCUCGACUACCCACCUCUCUUCGCUUACUUUGAACGGGUUCUCUCCGUUUUUGCCAAUCUCGUUGAUCCCAAGAUCGUAGACCUUCAUGGUGGAUUAAAUUACAGUGCAGAUUCUGUCGUUUAUUUUCAGAGAAUCAGCGUUAUUGUCUCUGAUCUGUGUCUCUUUUACGGAGUCUAUAGAUUGACUAGAAGCUUGGAUUCGAUUAAGCGGAGGUUAGUUUGGGUUCUGAUUGUGUGGUCGCCGGCGCUUAUCAUUGUCGAUCACAUGCAUUUUCAAUACAAUGGGUUUCUUCUUGGGUUCCUUUUGAUUUCGCUUUCGUUUUUGGAGGAAGGGAGGGAUUUGCUUGGGGGUUUCUUUUUUGCGGUCUUGUUAUGCUUCAAACACUUGUUUGCUGUGGCGGCACCCGUGUAUUUUGUUUACUUGUUGAGACAUUAUUGCCGUCGUGGAUUGGUUAGGGGGUUUGGAAGGUUUUUGAUGAUGGGUGCUGUGGUUGGAUUCGUUUUCGUGGUUUCAUUUGGGCCAUUUUUGUACCAUGGGCAGAUUCAUCAAGUCCUUGGCCGCAUGUUUCCGUUUGGUAGGGGACUCUGCCAUGCAUAUUGGGCUCCCAAUUUCUGGGUAUUUUACAUUAUUUUGGACAAAGUUCUUGCUUUCUUGCUUGCAAAACUGGGGUUCAAGAUCCAGGCACCAACAGCUUCAUUCACUGGUGGACUAGUAGGGGACUCGUCCCCAUAUGCUGUGCUUCCUCGGGUUACCCCAUUAGUGACAUUUGUGCUGGUCCUAACCACCAUAUCACCAUGUCUGGUUAUGGCAUGGAAAAAGCCUCGGCCAGGGAUGAUCACUAGAUAUGUAGCCUAUGCUUACACAUGUGGUUUUCUCUUUGGGUGGCAUGUUCAUGAGAAAGCAUCACUCCAUUUUGUGGUCCCCCUUGCAAUUGUUGCAAUGCACAGUUUGGAGGACGCUAGACAUUACUUCUUGUUGUCAAUAGUGUCCUGCUACUCGUUGUUCCCUCUUCUAUUUGAAGCUAAAGAAUAUCCAAUAAAGGUGUUGCUGUUGCUCUUGCACUCUCUUCUCAUUUGGGCUGGAUUCUCCUUCGAGUUUGGCAAAACUGCAGAAGCAAAAACAUCACUCGCUCAGAAAAAGGAUGAUAGAGUGCGAUCUAAACGAGAUCCUGCUCAUGUCAAAGAAGGCCAACGCAUUGUUUGUUGGGUGGGCAUGUGUUAUUUAUUGGGUUUAUUAUUUGUUGAUGUAUGGUGUCAGUUUCUGCACCCAUAUUUUCUUGGUGACAGGCUUCCUUUUUUACCCUUGAUGUUGAUCUCAAUAUAUUGUGCAUUAGGGAUCACUUACUCUUGGAUUUGGCAGCUACGAUGGAUUGUUAGAUGUCAAUGAUUCAUCACUUGAAACUUCUUUGUUUUCUUUUGGGAAAAGUAAUUUUGUUUUUGGAAA